UCUCACAUUUCAGUGGGAUGAGAAGGCAAAAACCCUAAGCAAAAGCGAAACAAAGCGCAGAGAAUACAAUUGUUUGAACUGCCGCAAAGUAAAGAAGAUGUUGCUGUGGUGUACACCGUUGCUGCUUAUCUGGAUUAUACCCUCCAGGGCAGCAAGUUUCUGCACCAAAUCCGAUCAGUGUCCCAUUGGUGAUAACCUCGGGCCUCCGCCCGCCAUUGCCGAGGCUCGCUAUGAUCACACACGUAUCUAUCAGGUGGAGCUAUCGAAUCAAACUCAUGUCGAGCUAUUCCAGAAACUUGAGGAGGCCUCCGAUUCCUGCUCCUUCAUGGGUCAUGCUCGAGCUGUUGGUCAGAAACUGACCAUUAUGGUGACCUCUCACAAGGUGGCCGAUUUUGAUGAUCUGCUGCAUAGCUAUAAUGUAAGCCAUCGCAUAUUGAAUUACAAUUUCCAAGAGCUGAUUGAUGAAAACUAUCGCGAUGUGGCGCCAGAGAGCUCAGGACCAGAGCAGCUCAAUUGGAAGCAGUAUUUUCCUUUGGAAAGUAUCUACAAAUGGAUGGAAAUGCUGGCCCAACAGAGACCUGAGGUGGUCACUAUGCUGGAUAUGGGAACAAGUACACAAGGUCUGCCCAUUCGAGGAGUACGCAUCGCCUUUGGCCGAGAGAAUGUAACCAGUGUGUUUGUGGAAAGUGGCAUACAUGCUAGAGAAUGGAUUGCCCCGGCCACAGCCACAUAUAUAAUCGAUCAAUUGCUAAAUUCCCCUGAUCCUCGAGUGCAAGAAAUGGCCCGUUCGCACAAUUGGCUAAUCUUUCCCAGUGUUAAUCCCGACGGCUAUCGUUAUACUUUCAAGGGGGAUCGCAUGUGGCGUAAGAAUCGUGCUCUCUUCGGCAUCUGCCGUGGUGUGGAUCUCAAUCGUAAUUUUCCCUUCCACUGGAACGUCACCGGAGCCAGCGGAGAUCCUUGUCGCUAUGAUUAUUCAGGUCCAUCAGCCGGCAGUGAAGUGGAAACCCAACGUAUUAUCAAAUUCCUAGAGGAUAACACGCAAACGCAUCGCAUACGCACAUUUAUUGCCCUCCACAGCUAUUCGCAACUCAUUAUGUUUCCCUAUGGCCAUAGCCCGAAACGUGUCGAGAACUAUGCAGAUCUGAAAGCAAUUGGCCAACUGGCUGCUCAGAGAAUCAAAGAUCUGAGCGGACGUAUAUAUAAAAGCGGCAGCAUCUAUGAGACCAUCUAUCCAUCUAGUGGUGGCUCCAAGGAUUGGGCUCAUGGACAUCUACAAAUACCGAUUACAUUCUCAUAUGAGCUGCGUGGUCCACCCGAUAGCGAACAGUUGUUCAUUCUGUCGGCCAAAGAGAUUGAGCCCGCUGCCAGUGAGGCAUUCGCAUCGCUGCAAACAAUCGUGGAGGAGGCUGGCAAACGUGGUUAUUACCAAUUGAUAUAGAGAGCAGCAGCUAAACCACCAUCUCUAGCUCUAGCUCCAGCUCCAGCUUCAGCUCCAACUCCAACUCCUCGAAUAACUAUAAUGAUGAUGAUAAAUGUCGUCUGGCCUGGCAGUUCACAUGAAAAACACAUUACGCGCGCCAGCGUUUUCCUAAUGUUAAAUAAUGAUGGCAAAAUCAUGACACAAAACCUCAUAAUACACAUAUAAUGUUGGUAAAUCAAAAGAAAAAAAAAAGCAGCACAAAUAUAGUCAAAAAGACCUUAAAGUCGUCAUAGAAA